CUACGUCUCUCUCUCUCUGCGACAAACAUUAACAAUGACAAAAAACAUGCCGUUUUAUGUAACGCUGAUUUGGAUAUGGCUGCUAGUUCUAAAUUUCCCCAACAUAAAUGCCGCAAGAGUAAAUUAUCCGUCAAAAAUAUUGACUCCACAGCGUACAAAUUUUAACGCUCCAUCAACUAUUAUCAACCGAACCCCUCCAAAAGAGAAAAUAAACAACCACGCAGAUUGGGCAAAGCGAUGCUAUUAUCAUCACAAAGAGAAACUAAACAACCACGCAGAUUGGGCAAAGCGAUGCCAUUAUCAUCACAAGGAGAAACUAAACAACCACGCAGAUUGGGCAAAGCGAUGCCAUUAUCAUCACAAAGAAAAACUAAACAACCACGCAGAUUGGGCAAAGCGAUGCCAUUAUCAUCACAAAGAGAAACUAAACCAUGCAGAUUGGGCAAAGCGUUGCCAUUAUCAUCACAAAAGAUCAUGUAUUGUACGACCUUAAUAAUGGACGGAAAGCUUUUAAUGAAGAAUCAAAUUUUACGCAGUGCAAGGAAGGAUGGUGACGGUAAAUAUGUUACCCGCGGAGAAUAUAAUUGAUAAGUAACAAGUUGUAAGUGUAUUGUUAAAGUGUUCUUAGUACAAGAAUCAGUGUGUCUCCAUUCUUGUUAAGGGAGGUUUUAUAAUAGGCAAUAGUUAAGGGUUA